UAAUAACAAAAUUGCAGCCCUAGCCACCUGGCCAUCUUCGUGUGUGUGUGCGUCUGUGUGUGUGUGUGUGUGUGUCUGUGUUUGUUUUCUUUCAGAAGCAGUGUGACAGAUGACACUUGCCAUAAAGCUCUUCCUACAGAAAAAAAUGCAAGCCCAGCUCAUUUCCAGUGCAUGAUAAUUAUUAAGGCUCCCAUGAGUGAAACGGAUACUUUUUUAGCUAAUGAUUAACUAUAAGCCCUCCUUCCCCCUUAAGUAUUUGGAUUAAAAGGGCAAUAAAGAGACUGAGGGCAGUAGCCAUGAGUGGUUUAUUCUCUAACUCUGUGGACUAAAGGGUGGAGUCAUCUGACAGGGUUCAGGAGCAGUAGGCGAGGCAGUGUGGGGAUUGAUUUUAUUAGGACUAGAAAAGAAAGAGUUUUUUUGUGUGACCAAGUUGAAUUCAGUAUGUUCAUAAGCUUCAUCAUGCUGGUUUUACUGGUGCCAGCAAUGUUGGUAUGGUACAGGCAGCAGCUAUUGACUUUUCCAUUUAUUCAGCUCCAUACUUUUCUUUCUUGGGAAUCUGCUGGAAUUAGAGAGUUUAGAGCAUUUUGUUGUAGAGAAGUCUAGUGUUUAGAAUAAGGCUUUACUUAUCAAGAUUUUAAGAGUCUAUCUGUGGCUCUGUAUUCAGAUGACCUGGGGUAAGUCAUAUAAACACAGUUUUGAUUCAGCUUUCCAGACUGGAAACUAAUACCAGCCUCAGAGGGCUUUAUUAAUUUGAUUGAGAUCUUUGGAUAAAAGCUAAUAGAAGAAAGACACUAUGAUUCCCAGUCCUAUUAAGCUAUAAAUGUUCACCCUUUAUUUUGGAUAGAGAACAGAUAUGGAGGGAUAAAAUUUCUCUGUAAGUCUCAUUUUGUAAGGCCUGAUACCCUGAUGUUUUAGUGAAAAACUCUCCAGAGCAGUAGCUGGGAACAUGGGUGUGUGAUACCAGGUGUUUUGGGUAGGUCACCUCUUGGAACACUAACCUAUGAAGUACUGAGCAGGGACUGGCAAGGGCAGAUCAGCAGCAUGCCCCUCCUCACCAUGCACAGCCGACAGAUCAGCUGGACUCCACUGCUGGUACUGGGGUACCUCUUUUACCUCCUCCUGGGUGCUAUGGUGUUCCAGCUGCUGGAGAAGCAGGCAGAAACACAUUUUCGGGACCAGUUCCAGCUGGAAAAGCUUAAGUUCCUGCAGAAUUACACAUGCUUGGACAGACAAGCCCUGGAGCAGUUUGUACAGGUCCUCAUGGAAGCAUGGGAAAAAGGGGUCAACCCAGAAGGAAACUCUACAAAUCCCAGUAACUGGGACUUCAGCAACUCCUUCUUUUUUGCAGGAACUGUUAUCACCACUAUAGGUUAUGGUAACCUGUCCCCCAGCACAGUGGCAGGGCAGAUCUUCUGUGUGUUUUAUGCCUUAUUUGGAGUGCCCCUCAACCUGGCCUUCCUUAAUCAGCUGGGGAAAGCUCUCAAUGCUCAUCUGCUUACCCUGGAAAGAUGGGUGCAAAAGCCAGGGCGUGCCCAGGUGGUUCAAACACUGGCAGCGGCCAUCUUCCUGAUCACUGGGACCUUGCUUUUCCUGGUGUUCCCACCAUUAGUCUUCAGUUAUGUAGAAGGCUGGAGCUAUGGAGAAGGCUUUUAUUUCACCUUCAUCACCCUGAGCACCAUUGGAUUUGGGGACUAUGUAGUAGGUACAAACCCCAACAAGCACUAUAUCCCUGUGUACAGGAGCCUAACUGCGAUAUGGAUUGUUUUUGGCUUGGCCUGGCUAGCUCUGGUCUUCAACGUGGGAGCUGACUUGAUGGAAAGAUACCUUCAGCUAAAGUGGCACAAGUCUGACUUAAGCUUGGCGGAAGGAGACACCACCAAAUUGGAAGAUGAACCUGAGCAGCCUAGGAUCCAUAUCCCUAGCUGAGUAAGGUACAAAGAAAGCAGUCUUGAAACGGCAUCUUCCAUCUGUAUCUCACACUAAGUGAUCCCUGUGGACAAAGGACUAAAACACAGGUUGUGGACUGUUUCCUAAAGAGGAAAUAGUUUAGAUACAUGGAAAUUUCCACACCCUGUGUAGGUAUCAGCCAGUUAAAACCCCAAGGAAGGAGCAUACAUGGUUACACAACUGCCCCAGGACUCAUUUUACACUUCUCAUUCUAAGGCAACUUCCCCUAAAGUAAUCAAUUAUUAUGCUUUCCCUUUCUCUAGUGGGAUUCAGUUCUUAUGGUCACUCAUUUUCAAAAAAUCCAGAGUGACUGCCUCCCAGCUUCAAUAAGAAGUCAUUUCACCAAGAAUCUCAAGUGGGAAAAGUCAGGUACAGAAAUUUUUCUUCAUUUCCAAUCAGAAAACAAACAAAACCACAGAGGAAUGUCAUCAGUUACAAACACCUGCUUAAUGAUAUCCACUCAAUUAAUAUUCAAUUGAUAUUGUCUGAAAUUAACAUCUUUAAUAUACAAUGACAGCAUUUCUUUAUUUUCUGGGCUAAAAUGCUUCUCUUUUAAUUGUGAGGAAAUUAUGUGUCUGUCCAGCUCUGCCUGGACUGUUACAACUUGUCUCAGAGCAAACUGCCAGCUUAAAGCAGGUCCUUAUCACAUUCAUUUCACAGCCACUUGAAAACAGCACGUUAAACUAAAUCUAAAAGCAAGGAGGCAUCCUUAUUUCCAGCCAGAUCAUAAAUAUGAUUAGAGCCCGGAACUUGCUUUGGGCCAGGUCACAGAAGAGUUAUUACGCACCAUAGAGAACUGAUGCUGUAUGUUUACCUCUAAAUAAUGCCAAUGAUAAGUUCUUGCAUUAAAUCUGAUCCUCAAUCAGGCCCAUUGUGUGGGCCCAUCAAAAACAGGGAGAUUGAAUUUAUCCCGGUUAUUGUAAGUCAAAAGCAGCAGCAGCCAUCCCCAAAGGAGCUGAAAAACCAAAUACAUACAAGCACCUAAUAAGGGACUAGCCACUGAGAUGCAGAUCUGUAGUCAUACUCUCUACUAGACUCCAGAAACUUGAUAAAAAAAUUAUCAAUUCAUUUGGGUCCCAUGUUCAAUCAUCACUAACAUAUUCCAUGAGUAUGCUUGUAAUUAUAUACUCACUGCUAUUUAUUUGGUAUGUUUAUAUCUCAUAGUAACCAUCAAUUAAUCUCUUUGAACUCAUUUGUAAGUGGAACUUUAAUGUAAAGGAUGAGUGAAAUGUGGCUGGAUGCACAGACUAGCCCCAAGCUAGCAUAUGUCUGACUAUAGGAACAUCAAAUGUCAGCAUUUCAGCAGCUGCUUUGAUAUUUCAUUUUGGAGAUGUGUCUAUAAAACAUGUAGAGACUUGUAUAGGUCACUAAUUUUUUCCUUCAUACUUUGCGAGCUAGAUUUUUACUUAUGAGGAGGGUCACAAGAGAUGUUUGUUCUUACACCUGACAAGGUGCAACUUUGCCAGUUGCUGACUCCUGCAUAGUGCAGUGUGGCUACUCAAGUUUGAAAUGCUGGCAUAUAAGAAUACUGGUGAUGGUUUAUUCAACUAAUUUAAAAAAUGAAUGUUCAAAUGCUUAUCCCAUCCAAGAUUUCCCUCAUGUCUUACCACUACCUACCUCACAGAUUUUUAUCUCCUUGAUUUUUGCACUGAUCUUCCUCUAUGCCCUCAGCUAUUCCCAUAAAUUUAUGCAAUGGCUUUCUCUGUAGACUUUCACUGGGAGCAGCCAACUCUCUUCUGUCUGGCUUUUUGUAUCUUUGCAAAUCUCAUGGGAAACUUUGUCUCUCAGUAUUUUCUGUUCUUUAGACACAAUGUUUGCACUUGCACUUUUAACAUCAUCACCAUCACUGUACUCUGUACCUGCCUUAUGUUAACACCAUGACACUUUUGGCCUCUGUAGGUAAAAGACAAAAGUGCUGGUGUUGCUGAUUUCUAUAUCUAACCUGUUUUCUUCAUCUUGCCUUUUUCCAUGCCUUCUGUACUUUAUCAAGCCACAGUCAGCCACAACACAUGCACUAGUCUAAAGGUGAGCCUAUCCACUGUUUUACACCAUGCCACAUGCCAUAAAAAAUGAUAAAGAGGUUUAUCAGUGAUAGAGAGCACUUACUGACAAAGUGUUUCUUGAAAUUGUCCUUACUUGACAUCUGAUCACAGAAAGUUUGGAUUGUUUUUACUGCAGUCCAGAAAAUUGCUCCUGUAUCUGAUACUGAUUUGCAAAGUAGCAGGAAAUGGUGAGACUACCUCCUGGAUUUUUUGCUACUGCUGCAUUUACUAAAGCUGACAGUAGCUGCAGCAGUUCUCCAGCUGCCCAACAGAAGACUCAGAAAGCUACCUUUAAAUCAAGCAUAUGUUCAUGUUGGAAGAGAAAUGAGAAGGAUACUGAUGCCCUCUCCUGUGCUACAUAAGUGAUAGAAAUUUCUUGGUUAUUUUGUCAAUUUUGAAGGUUCUGAAAACCUCCUAAGGGUCAUGCACAUCUAUAAUAAAAGUUACUUUGAGAUACGUAGUGGGAGUACUGGUCCAGGUUUUGAGCAUGGAUAGACCAAGUGCUUUCUGAUACUGUUCCUCUAAUAAAAAUGUAGUCAUCAAGUGUCAACUGACCAGCUAAGAAAGGUAACAUGGAAGAACUGCACAAUCACAAGAACUUGCUAUGAGCCAGAGGAGCACACAAAAUGGAUUCUUUUGGUCUAAUAAUCCAUUUUACCAGUGGUAUAUUUCUGUCCAGAAUGGAGAACACACAUGCUCAGUUCCAAACAUAGAAAACAGCACAUUUGCAGCCUCUGAAUGUUGCUCUGCAGGCUGUGGCAGAAGCAAUGGCCCAGGCAGUGUUCAUCUGGGAUGUGGAAAUGUAGCACUUUGUCCUGAGCAGCUACCACCUGCAGUCCAGGGCAGAACAAGAAGCAAAAGUCCUUCCAGGCUUACACUUACCCUUUUAGCCUACUCAACAAGCCCUUCCUCAUCCUCAGAUAUACAUGCUGUCCUUCCAGACAACACCAAAGUAUCAUUGGCAAAGAUUUGAGCCAUUCUCUGUGGAGAUGUAAAUAGAAGACUGACAGACAAGUGACAUUUCUGAGAAUACUCAAGGGAACAGCCAUGCAACUAUUACAUGAUUUUGUAAAGAUUUGUUGUGGAACUUGAUCUGUUUCCUUCCAAAUUCCUUCUAGCAAGCACAUGUCUGAUAUCCUGAGUUUUCACAGCAUGUCUCAUAGUUAAAAACCCUGAGUCUCAUCUGUAAUUAGUUUUAUGUAUUUUUAGCAUAAUCAUUAAAUUCUGUAUGUUUAGUCCAUGUUUCAAAAUAGUUAUACUCAGUGAGCUUUGUAUAAACUAUCUGGGUUUAA